AUGGCUCCAUCAGUCGAGGCUAUUAUCAAGAACUAUGACUUCGAAGUAGAUGAUGUGCAAAGAAUCGCACAUCGUCGAGUAAAGCCCAAGAUCGAGAUCGUCGAGCCAGAUGCCUCUUGGCCACAGUCAUUCAAGCUGCUCAAAGAAAGCAUCGCAUCUGCCCUGGGCUCAACCGCCCUCGAAAUCGAGCACGUUGGGUCAACCAGCGUCCCCGGCCUAGCUGCUAAGCCCAUUAUCGACAUCGAUCUGACAGUCCAAGAUCCGCUCGAUGAGGCCGCGUACGUUCCUCAGCUCCAGGCGAUCGGGUUUGACUUCCUGCUCCGCGAGCCGUCGUGGCAUGAGCACCGCUUCUUCUGUGCCUAUGAGCCUCAUACCAACCUUCACGUCUUUGGCCUGGACUGCCCAGAAACUGUGAGACACAAGAUCUUUCGGGACUGGCUGCGGAAGACGCCGGCGGACCAAGAGCUCUAUGUCCAGGCGAAGAGAGAGGCGGCGGAGGCAGCUCGCAAGGGUAAUGAGUCGAUGAACGAUUACAGUAUCCGCAAAAAUGAAGUUAUUCGGGGGAUUCUAGACAGAGCAUUUCGGGAAUUGGGCUAUAUUAAAUAG